AUCAAGCACAACGAAAGAGUGGGAUGCUAUUGAGAAACCUCCUGGCCAGGUAUUUGGGCAAUAAAAAUUGUCUAACUUCACCACACGCGGCGACUUUGCGGAGAAAACUGACGACAAACCGGUACUGUAUAAGACAUCAGAGAAACAUGCAGCACUUAUUCGACUUCAGUGAUUUCAACGUAUACGAUCCGGAGACUACCAACUUGUCUGUGGGGGCUCCAGGACCAGAUCUCCUCGUUCAGUGCUGCGAGAUCUUCAAGGAGGCUACAAAUCAUCGCAUGAACUAUGAAAGGGAGAACAAUUCGUUCCUCUUUCAAUACGGACCCCUUCUGGGCAUCAAUGACUUCCGUGAGGAGUUGAGCAGAUUCCUGACUCGCGAAUACGGUUCUGAGGUGAAGAAGAGCAGCUUACUGCUGACUUCCGGUGCCACAAGUGGUCUGCAUCAGAUCCUCUCAUCCCUGGUGGACAUGAAUGGCGUGAUCUUCGUCGAUGAAGUCACUUAUAUGAUCGCCUUGGAGGCUUUCCAGGAGUUCACAGGGAUUACGAUCAUUCCUGUGCCAUUCUUGGACGACGGUGUGGACACUGAGGAACUGAAGAGGCUGGUGAAACUCCACCAAUUCCCACCACAUCCGAAGAAGCUCUUCUGGGGAAUUUACUACGCAAUACCGACAUUUCAUAAUCCCACAGGAGUGACAAUGUCGCCGGAGAAGUGCCAGGAAUUGGUGAAAAUUGCUCGAGAGUUUGGCAUUCUCAUCUCCUGCGAUGAUGUCUACAAUCUCCUGCACUAUCGCAGUGGAUGUCCGAAGAGACUGUUCGCUUAUGACAAUCCCAGUGAUGAAGAUUAUGCUGGUCAUGUCAUCUCCAAUGGUUCCUUCUCGAAGAUCCUCUCGCCAGGCAUCAGGAUUGGCUGGAUAGAGUGUCCCAAGAGAGUGAAGGAAGUCUUCAUGCAGAGCGGAAUCAUCAAGAGUGGCGGAUCACUCAACAACUACACGUCAGGAAUCGUGGUGAGCCUUCUGCAGCUGGGCUUGGCUAAGCGCCAACUGGACAUCUACCGCGCCGCUUACAAGGAACGCAUGGAGACUGUUUGUGAGAUUUUCCAGCGAGAAUUGCCCUCCGAAGUGAAGUUCAUUGCACCGGCGGGAGGAUACUUUGUGUGGCUCACAUUUCCCGCCUCUUUCGACGCCACGGCAUUCAAUCUGUUCUGCCAGGAACACCACAAAGUGAUCGCCAUCGCUGGCCCUCGAUUCUCCGCCACGAAUGCCCACCGGAACUGCCUGAGGAUUUGCGUGGUGUUCCACAAUGUGGCCACCAUGCGAGACGCCGCACGCCGGCUCUGUCAGGCCUAUCGCGAGUACAGCGAAGCAUCACGAUAAGAUAAUACCUUUUUCGCGAGACUUUUCACACUUUCGCAUCGCGACAAAAAAAACCAGUUAAUUUGUCUUCUCAUCUCAUCAAUACCACCUUUUGCGCCGCUGCGAGUGUAUUUUGACGAAGAAGCGAUUAAAAACACGGCACACGAGAUUAGCGCCGAGAAAUUACCAGUUAAUAAAUACACCGUUA